CAUCAACAGCGGUGGAAGGUCCUCCGCCGGGCGCUGCCCAGUUGCUAGUGGUAACUUCAGUAGCAACAGCAGGACUGCGGGGAGGACCAGAGAUACUACAGGAGAUGGAUAUACUCAUCACAUUUUGAAGGAGAAACUUUGGACCCUUUGGACUGACAGUCAAGGGGAGCUUCAUCAGGGCUCGGGUUCAGAGGUGGAUCUCAGUUCCAUGGGACUCGUGGAAGGAAAGAUGAAGAAGUCCCAACGAGGCACAGCGACUAUGCUGCUGCCCAUCGCUCUCUGCCUCAGCCUGGUCCCUGUGAGUUUCGGAGCAGCAAUUCCUGUUUCAUGUGGUUCCAUCUACAAGAGUUUUGCUCAGUGUUUACUUACACUUGGAGACAGCUUGGUGGAAAAACAAAAAGACCAAAACACACAGGACAUCGAUGCAAUCUGCAGGUCCUGGAAUGAGUUCCAUGUUUGUGCCAACUCAGCUCUGGAUGGUUGCCCGGGAGAUGCAGCAGCCGUCUGGGAGUCUCUAAGACAAGAAUCUAGGAAGACGCAGUUCUCCGGAAACCUUUACGACAUGUGUGCCAGCCGCACCACCCUCCCCCCCAGCACUGUGCCUGCACCCCAGAGCCCCCCCACCUCUGACCAGACCAACAAGGAAACACUGAAAGGGCAAACAAACAGGAACAGCCCCACCUUCAGCUCACUGAUGUUCCCUGUGUGCAGCACCUUGCUACUUCUGCUCAGGAGUUAGUUAAAAGAAUACUUCACACACAAAAUGAUAAGUUGUUUAAAACACUACUCACUUUUGGAACUUUGAAUUCUUGGAGAAAGCAACAUUUUUCUUGCAUGAAACAAAAAUGGAGAAACAUCUUGAUGAAUUGAAGUGAAUCCGGACCAUGUUUAAUGGCAGAACUGUGUCACAACAUCAGUGUACAAAGCCUCACACAACCCAUGCAGGCUAAUGAAGGGUUCAUUUAUCCUGUCAUAUGCUCACUACUUUCCAAACACAUGCAUUAUUGCUAUAAUCUUAUUAUUUAAACGACUUCCGCGUAAACAUCUUAACGCUUGUGCAGACCUGCUAUUCUAACAUGCAAGUCUGAAAUGUGUGAAAUCGCCUUGUCCUUUUUCCAAAAAGGCAGGUUUUCUCAGUUUGUAGGAUUCUAUGUUCCCCAUGGACAAUUGGGAGAAAAAUAAAGCUUUCUUAAAGAAAUCAAGGUCAAACUGUGUGAGUAAUUGAUAGAAAAAACUAUCAUUUUGUUGGUGAAGUAUUCCUUUAACUUCUAUAAUAAGGCAGCUGGUGGUCAGCGUCCUGCUCCACCUGUAAUCCAAACAGAGUUCAAUAACUGGAUCAAAAAGAACAAUCUGGUUCAGUGUUUUCUACCUGAAAAGAUGGAGCAUCUAUUUAGGCAUUUAACAAAUUACAAUAUGUUGGAUUUAUCACAUGCCUUGCUCUGAGAAAAAAGGCUGACAAAAGGUUCAUUUCAUUCUGACAGAAUAAUACAAAUGAAGCAUACUGGUAACUUUUGAUUGUGAUUAAAUUCACAUUAUUGCUUGGUCAUAUUUCUUAGCCUGGAGUGACAAACAGUUAAUGUAGGGAGAGUGGAAGAGGACGUCCUACUCACUGAAACAACUUAGCUGAAAUACUAAUCUCAGUUAUGUUGCAGUUAUGACAUAAUUAUUGUUGUAAACCUUUUAUUUCGAUCACUUCUGCAGUACAUCAGAAAUACCAACUGAUUUUUUAGGACAAAGGAGAUUUUAAGGGAUGCCAGGUGUUCAGAUUGUGAUCCAAUCAGGUGUGAUCCAGAGCAGAGUAUUAUUGCAGGGUGCAGAAAUGUGUUAUUGUGCAGCUUAAUUCAUCACCCUGUCUGACCAGUUUCACAUAUUGCCAGUUGUCUUUUCCUUUGACCCUGUUCAGUGGUUUUCCUUAUUCAGCAGGUAUGUGUUGCUUUUCUAUUCUGAGCAGUUGCAUUCAGCAAGGUUUACUUCAAUACCUGACACACGGGACACAGUACAUGUCAAGUGCAUACAGCAGUGAUGUAAGAGGGACUUUAUUUCCAAAGUUUCAUCCAUAUAACAUUUAAAGUUGCUGUAAUGUUAGUUAUUGUUGUUGUUUUUCUUUGAUACUGAGCUGUAAUGCAAUCAGAGACUGCAAUGUAUUUGCUGGUUUGCAUAUUACCAAUGUAUUUACUGUAUUAUUUUCUGUUUAUGUUCAUUUGCAUUAUUUUUUUUCACUGCAGUAUAGAGUGGUACAUGCCUUUCUGCUUCACUCUGAUU